UUUCCUCGGUGUGCAGCAGCAGCAGCAGCAGGACCAGAAGCAGCAUGAUGCGAUACAUCCUUACUCUUUUGGCGCUGCCAGCAGUCUGCAAUGGCAUCCUGCCUGAGAUCGCAGAGUCAGGAAUCAAUCACAUCGUGGAGGGACCGUCGGAGCUGGACCGCAUAUUUGUGCAGGAGGAUCGGCUGCAAAAGCCUGAGGAUGCGUUUCCCCAGACAAACAGCAGUAUCAGCCCUCAUCACAGUGACCUUCCUCAGAGUCAUCCCAAUGAGACUGAUAAUGUGACGAAUGAGGAAUCUGUGCACUCCUCAGCAGAACAGGGGACAAACAACAUGACCACCACAGCUUUCCCAGUCAGUGGCCUGGAUAACAGUAUCGACCAUGGAUGCAUGACUAAUGACGACUGUGGAAAAGGAAAGUAUUGCCUCUCUGACACUCAUAAGUCCAAGUGUAAGUCAUGUAAAGACACUGAUGUGUCUUGCACUAAAGAUGACGAGUGCUGCGGCGACCAGAUGUGUGUGUGGGGUCAGUGCAGCAAAAAUGUGACCAAAGGAGAAGCUGGCAGCACUUGUCAAGUCCAGAAUGAUUGUCAGCCAGAUCUCUGCUGUGCAAUUCAUAAAGCCUUGCAAUUCCCCGUUUGUUCGGUCAAGCCGAUUGAACGUGAACGCUGUUUUGAUGUCUCCAACAACCUGAUGGAGCUGCUGUCCUGGGACAUGCAGGACAACAAACCCAGGAAACACUGUCCGUGUGCAGGAGAGCUUCAGUGCCAGCACCUCGGGCGAGGAUCCAUGUGCCUGAAAGCAGAGGACUCGAGUGAAGAGGACUUGACGGACUCUCUGUACUCAGAAAUUGACUACAUUCUCUAGACAAAGCUUGACUGAAUUUACACUCUCAAGCAGCAUGAAACUUUUUCCCACUGUCUUUUUGCCAGCUUAAUCCAAAGUUGUAAAGUUAUAAAGCUGAUAUAAUGGACACCAAUAGAGUUUCAAUCACUGAUUCUUUUUGUUUCUUUGAGUAUUAAAUGACAUAAAGCUUUUAUACUGAAUGUUGCCUAAACUAUCCAUGUAAAUUCAGUAGUACUCAACAUUUAGUCACAGCUGGAAUUACAGAUUGAAACCACUUAUUUCUUUGAAAUUUCAAUACAAUAAGGUUGUGUUCUUUCCUUCACUCCUUAGCUAAAUGGCCCCAAUAUAUUAUAUACCACUUUUUUUUUUUAUUGGAAGGUUUUCAUCUUAUUUGGCUCUUUUUAUUAAUCAUAGGAUUUUUGUUCAAUUUGUGCAAUAACAGUUUGAUGACCAUUUUUCAGCCAUUCAGCAAUGCCUGAAAAAUGGAUAUGGACAAUUUCUAAAUGGGUAAAAACGUUUACUCUUUUAUUAAAAACUGAUAUUUUAAACUGCUUGAAUAUAUUUCAAGAGAUGCUCUUAUUUAUUUUCAUACAUUAAAAAAAUGAUAUAGAUAAUUCUGAAUUUAAUUGUACUGAAAGAUAGUCUUGCUAAUUUUAUACACCAGUGCUACAUUUGAAUUUUUUUGACUCACCAGACAAUGCAGUACAUCCUAAUCAAUCAAACGUGCACCAAUGGCUUUGUUAUUGUUUUCCUGUUUGACCAUAGAACGUUUUAAUUUUAAUAAAGCUUCUUUUCCAA